GAGGAAGUAUUUUGAUCCUUUCAUACGUAAUUUUCUCUUAAAAGAAAAAAAAAUAGGGGCUGGAGUGUAGUGUAAAAACGUCAUCUACCAGGGAGCAGUCGAUUUUGGUACAAGCUGGAAUUAAGAAGAAAAACCGUACCAACAGUAGCAGGUAUGGCGGAUGGAAGCAAAGAAGGUCCAACAUCGCCUCAGGCAGCGGUGGCAGCCAACGCCCAACUAUUCGGAGUUCUCUCCAGUCUUCUCCAGCAGGUGGAAUCAUUGACUAAUCAAGAAGAAGUGGAGUUGCGCAGUAAGAUCCAAGCACUAGGACUGGAAGUUACAAAAGUUCCUUCAAAAUCAACGCAACAUCUUGAUGAGACGGAGAUUGCGAAGCAGAUGGAUAAAUUAUCAGAAAAACUGGAUGACGUGGAUAGGAUGAUAUCCUCCGCUGUCGCUGCAGAUCCACAAGUUGAGUCUCUCUUAAGCAGUACCGCUGAUCUUUGGAUGCCAGUUAUUACAGCUGGUUCUGAGGAAAGGCGUAACCUCAAUGCGUCAGUUGAAGAUGAUGUUGAAGUGAAAGACAAAAAUUUUCAGUAGAUUUUAGUUAAAAUCAUUGUCAUAUGUUUAUUUUGAUUCUUUAAUAAAUGGUAAACAGAUAACUUCCAUCAUCCAUUACAAAGCAUAGCCAGAGGGUUUAUGUGGUAUCCUCGAGUUUAAAUCAUUCUGGUGACAAAGCAUUUUGUUACAGAUAUAGAUUCAUGACAUGUUGAACUUUUUAGCUUUGAAUGAACAGUACGUUUAACAUUUUGUGUAUUGAUGUUGUCUUACUAUUACGUUCAA